UGACGUGUUGGAAAACGAACGUUUCGCCUCGCUUCGCUUCGCUCCUCCUCCUCUAGCUCUUGCUCUUGCCAUUGCUCUUUCUGUAGCAUUCUCCUCUGGCUCUGGCCGCUUUUCUCGCUCAGCUCAGGAAGAGACGGGCGAAAACAAACGCGAAAAGCGAUUUCGACAUUCUCGCGGACGCAACUGAACGAAUCGGUCGGAACGGCAAAGAACUGAAUCGCAGCAGCAGCAGCACCACAGAUACAGAUACUUUUCAUAAUUAAGAUUUUUUCGUUUUCCGCUGCGCGAUAUUUGGUUUUCACCCAAUUUCCCCCGCACUGGUUAUGUAAGGGGUGUGUGUGUGUUUACUCCUCGCUGGGCAUUCGUCGCUUUCGUCGGGCGGUCCCCGCCAUGCAAGUGAAGGCAUAGGAAAGUCAAGGUCGCCACCAGCACCAGCACCACCACCCCCACCCCCACCACCGCCGCCGCCGCCGAUGCCACCACUGCACCCCGUUACUGCAGCCGGGGGCCAUGUAGACGCGACAAUCGAAAAAGAAAUCCAAUUGUCGAAUCGAGCACUGAAGCGUUUAGAAAGCGGGCAGCCGGGGAACGAGAAUGGAUGCCACCUGCCCCAGGGAGGACAAUGCCACAGCGGCAGCUGAGGCAGAGUGGCCCUGGAAAGAUGGUCCCUGGCUGGACUUGUACCCCAGCUACCUGGAGAGCCUGCAGGGCAUCAUGGAGCUGGCCAGCUGGGUGAAUCAGCAGAGCCGUCACGUGGCGAACACUCUCGCCCAGGAUCAGAUCUUCGUUGGCGUACUCCAGGCCUCGCUGCUCCUCUUCUUCCUCUAUCUUAUGUACCAGCUGCAGCAGUGGAGCAGCCGGAGUCCGGAGGAGCCGCCCAGCGACACGGCCACCGCGGACGUCACGAAGCAGCUGAUCUGCGACUUUAACUUUGUCUCCGAGCAGGAGAAGCGCGCCGCCCAGGAGGCGGAAACGGAGGCCCUGCUCGAGGUGGAGGAGAAAAAGCGUCGCAAGAGGUUCACCAAAAAGCGCGUCUGCGUCUCGGCCGGGCCCGUCCUCAUCGCCCUGCGGCAGCAGUCGAAGCGCCCCAAGCCCCAUCGGCACCAGGCCUUGGUCUUUGAGCCGAUUUCUCCCAUGGAGCGCGUCCUCGAAGGCUACCUUCCUCCGAGGGAGCAGCCGUUGACGAUCAGUCUCCCCCAGCAGGAGCCAGUCUCAGUCCCUGUCCCUGUUCCAGCGAGGGAGGAGGAAACAACGGAGCUCCCUGAGUUCAUUUCGGAGCCCCGCGGGACCUUGAGCACGACAGACGAGAUCUACCCUGACUCGUCGGACAGCAGUCUGUACGUGUCGGACGAGGAGCAGGAGGACGCCUCUCAGUAUUGCCGCGGCGGCUACCAUCCGGUGGUCAUCGGCGACAUAUUCGACAAUCGGUUUCGAGUGGUCCGGAAGCUGGGCUGGGGUCACUUCUCCACCGUCUGGCUGUGCCGGGAUCUCAAAGACGAGAAGUACGUGGCCCUCAAGGUGGUGAAGAGUGCUCCGCACUACAUCGAGACGGCCGCAGACGAGAUCCGCCUGCUGGAGGCCAUCCGCGACGCGGACCCACUGGACGUGAAGCGGGAGCGCAUCGUCCGGCUGAUGAACCACUUCACGGUGCGCGGCGUGAACGGGAUGCACACGUGCCUGGUGUUCGAGGCGCUCGGCUGCAGCCUGUACAAGCUGAUCGUGAAGAACAACUACCAGGGCCUGGCCAUCGCCCAGGUGCGCAACAUCAUCAAGCAGGUGCUGGAGGGGCUGGACUACCUGCACAGCAAGUGCAGCAUCAUCCACACGGACAUCAAGCCGGAGAACAUCCUCCUGGUGAUCGACAAUGCCGCAGCCAUGAACCAGCAAAUCGACGACGAGAUCAACAGUCUGCGCGUGAAGGGAGCCGACUUCCCCGACUCGUACAUCAGCUCCAUCGAGAAGCAGACCAAGACGCGGUCCAAGUGGCCGCUGAUCGAACCUAACGGAUCCACGAACACCAACACGAACACGAGCAACAGCACGGGCAACAACUCGACCUCUUCGACGCCUCUGGCCGCUGUGGCCAUGUCCUCGCUGGACAAGGACGACACCACCACUUCGUCCACCCUGAACUCGAACACCACCUCCUCGCUGGCCUCCAAGUACUCGAGCCUGCUCGGCGACAGCGAGUGCAACGGCAUCGGCGGUGGCGUCAGCCUGAUCGGGGGCCUGGGUGGUGGCGUCGAGAGUCCCAUUCUCAACAACCGAUAUCGAACCGAGAAGAAAAUCACUGCCAAGCAGCUGCCCAGCUCCAACUCCAAUUCCAACCCCGCCUCCACCAACAACUCCUGCCCCUCCUACAACGCCAACACGAAUCCGAAUACCAACCCAAAGAUCAACACAAAUACUCAAAGCACGUGCACGUCCAUGCCCAGCGAGUACACCAACAACCAGAACUGCCCCUCCACAACCGUCACAACCGUCACAGCCGCCACAACCGCCACUCCCAGUGCAACUCCUGCCACAGCCUUAGUUUCCAUCUCCACCUCCGCCUCAGCCACGCCCCCCAGCACGUGCACGUACUCGUUCACGCAUCUAGCGCCAACAACUACGACUCCAACCGCAACAACUGCAACUGCAAGCACAGAGCUGUACAAUGGCGACCAUACAUCUACAACUACAACCAACUCGACCUCAACGACAACAACAACAACAACAACAACAACUACUGCAACAUCAGCAAACACAUCCGCUAAAUUAAAUGUCCAUGCCAAUGCCAUAUCUUCGCAGAACCAGAGUCAGAGUAGCCAGAACAACACCUACACGAUACAGUCGCUCAUCAGCAACAGCAACGUGCGGGUUAAGAUCGCCGAUCUGGGCAACGCAUGCUACGAUUACCAUCACUUCACCGAGGACAUACAGACGCGGCAGUACCGAUCGAUCGAGGUCCUGCUGGGGGCACCCUACAACUAUACCGCCGAUAUCUGGAGCACCGCUUGCCUGGCCUUCGAGCUGGCCACCGGCGACUAUCUGUUCGACCCGCAUGCCGGCGAGUCGUACAGCCGGGACGAGGACCACUUGGCGCACAUCGUCGAGCUGCUGGGCUCCAUUCCGCAGUCGGUGAUACUGCGGGGCAAGCACGGACUCAAGUACUUCACCAGUUAUGGCAACCUGAGGAACAUCACCAAGCUGAAACCGUGGAGCCUGAUGAACGUGCUCGUGGAGAAGUACGACUGGGACCCGGUGGAGGCCAAGAAGUUCUCCGACUUCCUGCUGCCCAUGCUAGAGUACAAUCCCGUCAUACGGGCCUCGGCGGCCGAGUGCCUGCAGCAUCCCUGGCUCGACCAGGAGGAGUUCGUCUAGUGUCCCCGGGAGAGGAGACAGACCACAGGCAUAGACCCAUGAAUAAUACAUAACAUACGUAUUUCGUACUCAUAUUUCUAGGCUUAAAUUUUAUAUGCGACCCAGUUUGUUAUAAACGAGAAAUUUUAGUUGAUAGCGUUGAAAGCGGUAACGGAAACGGAAACAAAACAAAAACCAAACAAAACUAGAGUUAAAGGAUUCGAUACACAAACAAACACAGAAACAAAAACACACACGCAAACAGCAAACACACAUACGAUACGGGACAAGAAAGGAGAUGUGGAUGUGCCGCCUGGAAUUUUUUAAGCUUUUUUCAUUUGAAACACGAUUUUUGUACUCGAGAGCUUUAAACGUAAUUGCUAAAGAGCGAUUUUAUUUUAAACAAACAAUGAAAACGAAAGCGGCUAAAUGCGCAAAUCUUUUUCACGAUUUUAUUUCAACUGCGUACAUACAUAUAUAUGUAUGUAUAUACAAGCAUAUAUAUAGUAUAUAUAUAUAUAUUUUAUAUUUAAAGAGAAACAAGUAAAAACAAAAGACAAUGACGACAAUUUUGAAGUCAACAGAUGCCUAAACUGACUGACUGAAAUGGAAAACACUUUCAAGCGAAAACACCCAAAUAAACAUGCUAAAUAAAUUAUACGAACUAGCAAAAUAUUGAGAGAAGCGCAUAAUUAAUAAUACUACGACUAACUAUAAAGCCAAUAAUAUAUGAUAUGUGUAUAAUUAACGAACCCUAAGUGUAGAUAUCGACAAUGUUCAAUACAGAUCAGAUGCAGAUGCAGAUACAGAUACAGAUACAGACACAGACACAAAAACA